GCGCAAGCGGCCAGACACAAAGUUGCAAAGGGUGCCUGAUCACGGCGUCUCCUUCAUUCUGCUUGCUCACGUCCGCAAUUGCCCGUUCUUGACGAUCGUCGGAAGCUGCAACUUGCCCGCAAGCAGCCCCUCGCACCAUGUCUCCGACAGCAAACACACGACCACACCAACUCUCACCACUCGCUACCCUCACACCGCCAUCCAACUCUCGGACAUGGCAGUCUUCGCCACACCCGUCUCUUCCGAUUGUUGCGACCGCGUGCUCCGACCGAAGCGUGCGCGUGUAUAGUCUUACGUCUUUUACACUGCUGCACUCAAUCACCGGAGGCCACAAGCGCAGCGUACGCACGGUUUCAUGGAAGCCUGGGACGCAAGGCCAGAGCGUCUUGGCAACGGGCAGCUUUGACUCGAGUGCCGGGAUCUGGCGACGUGAAGAGCAGGGCGGUGCACUGGAAAACGACUUUACGAACCGGCGCGUGGGCAGUGCGGAGGAUGAGGAUGAUCACGAUGACGACGCAGAAGACUAUCAGUUCAGCUGUAUUCUCGAUGGCCACGAGUCGGAGAUCAAGUGUCUCUCCUGGAGCCCCUCGGGGCAGUACCUGGCUACGUGUUCGCGCGACAAGAGCGUGUGGGUAUGGGAAGAGCUGGAAGACGACAACUUUGAGACGGUAGCCGUGUUGCAGGAGCACGACGGAGAUGUCAAGUGUGUGGCAUGGCAUCCGGAAGAGGACUUGCUGGUCAGCGCGAGUUACGACGACACGGUCAGGCUGUACAGAGAAGACGCCGACGACUGGGUGCAGGUUGCCAUGAUAGAUGGGCACAGCCAAACGGUAUGGUGGGCCGAGUUUGAGGGAAGUGGAAUGAGCAAAAAGGACUGGAGGGCGAAGAGAGAGGGCUUGUCGGACGAGCAGACACAGCACAUUGAGGGGCUUGAGCAGUCGGGGCCGCGACUGGCGACGUGUUCAGAUGACCGCACCGUGAGGAUAUGGCGGCGGAAGGCUAAAGAAGGCGACGACAACGCGAGCAGCAACACGGGGAUACCGAGCAUCAUCCGGUCGGCAGCGAUUGAUGAGGACUGGUAUCAGGAAGCCAUACUGCCGCAAGUGCACGAACGCGCCAUCUACUCGGUCUCGUGGAGUCGCAGCACAGGCCUGAUUGUUAGUGCUGGCAGCGACGGCAAGAUUAUCGUGUACCAAGAGCGGUGGCGACAGCAGGAAUCGAGUGCCGCCAAUGGAGGUGAAAUGGAGGUUGACGCGGCACAAACACAAUCCCCGACCGAGUGGGUGGUUGUCGCAGAACUGUUUUCGGCGCACGACGUGUUCGAGAUCAAUCACGUGGCAUGGGCGCGGAGAGCAGACAAGGGCAAGCGCCGUGCGGAUGAAGAGGUUGUGCUGAGCACUGGCGACGACGGCGAGGUUAGAGUUUGGACUUUGGACGAUGAGACAGCCACGUCUGCAACAUGAGCCAGACGAGAUACAAGCCCGCAAGCACACCCAAUCUGCCGCUGUCCCGCCCGUCCCCCACGUUGCUAUGACCUCAGGUAUUACCUUUGUGUGCCUCUUCCAGGUUUGCGCGACCCGUGGCGAGUGCUUCCCGUGUAUGCUCCGCCACUCUGGAUCGCCGGCCAACAGGCG